AUGGUCCUUGGGCUCGUCAUUGCAGCCAGAUCGAAUAGAUCGAAUGAUAAGAAGGGGUCUUCGUGGCGACGAGCUUUAUCUGCAAAAACUUCGACUGCACUCAGCUUUCACGACAUCCGUCAGGACAAUCAUGCAAGCAGCAGUCAGGUUGUCGGAUGGGCGAACCUGGAGAAUCUCGAUCGACCUCAACAUGUCGAGUGCAUUGAAUACAUCUCCAGUGCAAGAAGGCACUACCAUGAGGCAGUGCAGCAGAUUGACCCGCUGAUAUCCUCCAAUACGUCAGACGAGUUGCGUCUAAAUGAGGAAUUUUUUCAGCCACAUUUGCCUGAUGACCUGCUACAUGCAAUCGAACGAGAGCAUGAGGAGCUCAUCCCUUACAAGGGGAGAUAUUUGAAGGGGAGGCCAUUGCAUUUCGCGAUAUGGGUGGCAUCAUUGAACUCCCUGAGCCCUCUUGGCAUGGAUGGGCUCGAGGAUGUCAAGAUCCUGCUGUGGGCCAAAGCAGAGCCCAACAGUUCGGCCACCUAUACCCGCCGGAAAGAAGUUGUUGAGCUGCCGGCCUUGCAUAUCGCUGCUGGUUUAGGUUGUAUAGCGGCCAUGGAGAUGAUCCUGGACUAUGUAGAUAGUCCUUCCGAUGAAAUCAAUAGAUUUUGCUUCUGCGGUGAUCGAGAAUUCUAUUGUGCCUUGCAUGAUGCUGUUUUUAAUGGCAAGGCCAAGGCAGCCAUCUGGCUCUUGGAGCAGCAUGCAGACCCUUCAGUGAAGAACAUGGAAGGAUACACGGCCCUGCAUUGGUUGGCUUUGCGAAGUAUGGACGAAGACUCAGAUGUGGAGGAAGUUGUGCGAAGCCUUAUUCGAAGCCGCGCCUCCGUGGAGCAAAGCACAGAAGAAGGCAAGAUUCCUUUAGAGAUGGCAGUGAAGCCUGGAAGCCUUUUCCCGAAGCAUUUGCUCUACUUGCUCGCGCCCUCAUACCAGGCAUUGGAUGGAGCCCAGGUCCGGCUUCACAAUUGCUCAUUCUUUGAGGACCUCGCGCUCAUGUCUAGCCACAGUGGCAAAGCUGCCCAGGACUUUGCGGAUCGUAUUGCUACGCUUCCAGUUGCCGUGGCAAAACACAAAGCAAUCGCAGAUGCACAGCACGAAAAUGCUGUGGAUUGCAUGGCAAGCCUGCUGCAGAUGGCUCCUGAAGCAGCUGCGGUGAUGCUGGGGUUGCUGUUGGAACUUGAGGCACGGCCAAUCCAGGAGAAUCCUGGACACCAUUCCCUCAGCUCUCGAGCCAUUCUUUGGGGCCGAACUCUGCAAUGUGCAUACAAGCCGGACCAGCGGAUGACUCGCUUGGGGCCGCGCCAGAAUCUGGUCCGCUGGCCUGAGUGGAAAUACGACGCCACUCUGGGACAUGCACCUACCUGGCAUGGCAAGUUGUUGCAGGUGCCACAAGAGCACCAAGCUCGUAGUUCAAAAGUCUUUGACGUGGAGACUCUCGUCUUGCUUUUGCCCAACAUUUUGGACAUCGAUAUCUUCAUGGCUCUGGCUUCUACCAGAAGUGUGCACAGGCAAAUUUUUAACUCACUGCCAGUCAAAGCUGCAGUGCAUUGCCUGUGGAUGGAGCUCAUAAGCACGGUAUUUGGUCUCACAUUGAUUUUCAACUUCAUGGACCUGCUAAUCUUUGCCUGCUGGGGUUUGACACCUGCGGGACGUCCACUACUCUGGCGUCUCACAAGCUCCAACAACCAGGACAUCGGUACAAACUCCAGUUUGCAAUUCCCUCGAUUUGCAAAUUUUCUCUUGGCUGGUCUCCUGCGUGAUUUGGUCAAUAUCAGCUGGUGGCUUUACUCUCUUUGUUGGAAGUGGCUUAGGCACAAGAAGAACGUGACGAUCGCCGGAACUCUGGGUCGUGGACACGAGCUGCGUUCUGGAUUGCAUUCAUUGUGGCACCCUGCAAAGAUGUUCGACCUGAGCCACAACACCAACAUGCCAGAGCUGAUCCUGAUACUGUUGAAAGCGGUCUUCCUGCUCUCUGUGCAGUGUGUGCAGGGCUGUGAUAGGGCGAUGUCUCACUGGACGCAGGCGCUGCUCGCGGUGUGCUUCUUCAUGCAUAGUGUGAAGUUGAUCUACAUGCUGCGGGUCAGUGCAUUUGGAGGGAAAAAGAUCCUGGUGCUUCUGAAGACCCUGGUUAGCGGUGCAAUGCGGGAGAUGUUCCUGGUGGCUUUUCUGUUCUUUUUGGCCUUCGUUGUGACAGCGGUGAUGUUGGAUCGCAAGGGCGCCAUUUCAGUAGUAAGUUGGUCAUUAUAUCGUGGGCUGAUAUUUGGAGAUGGCGCUGGGUUGGACAACAUGGGGUUUGCGAUAGAGGGCAGCUGGAGAGGCGAAAGUGGCUUCAUCGAAGACAUUGACGUGCUGCAGUGGCUUCUGACAAUCAUGGCAAUCCUUGGCACUGUUACCUUCAUUGUGAUCCUGAACAUGAUCAUUGCCAUCUACAGCAAUGAGUAUGGUCGUCUAGAAACAGAGUCGGACCUCCUUUUUCAGCGAGAAAGAGCAAAGUACUGCUGCAAUUGCUUGUUGGGCAUGCAAAAGUUACGCUCGCGGAGUUGUUGUUUCCGAUACCUGGUUGCUGCUGCAGUGAUAUUUUGCACGGUCGGCUCCAUUUUGCUCUUCAUCCUUUUUCCCAGCAAUGAUCCCAAUGUUGCACCACCACCUCCUCUCGCAGCUUUCCUGCUUGCAGUGUCGCAGGUGGGGAUGCAGGCUUUGAUGAUGCACAGUGACUGGUUCGCGGUGGGUCGCAGUGGUGAAGAGGGGCCUCGACAAGAGCAUUUUCUUUGGACAGUCCGUCGUUGUGAGCAGCGGGACCUCCAAGCUGAGCAGAAGCAGCGGCGGAUGGAGACUGAAGCAGAGGCCAAUGCCAAGCUGCAAGAGCUCAUGAGCGAGAUCAGAGACCAUUUAGCUGCCCAAGCUGCGCCAGCUCCUUCCAAGGCGGUCAGUAGUGCCUACAUGUCAAAGCGCAACACAGAUGAAUGCAGGCCCAUCACGACUGGAGGCACCCCUCGAGCUCCUGGAACUCCGCAUGCUCGGUUGCCAACACCUAGCUUGACACCCCGGAAGUCGAAGGAGCGCCACCAAAGAACGCUCCGCGACGUGAUUGAAGGGCGGAGGCUGAGCUUGUAG